GGGCCCUGGAACUUCAUGGGGAAAUUUAACUCUGCUGUAUUUCAGUUUUAUUUUUUCAGCAGCUAUUUAUCCUACUUGGGAUUUACACAGCCCAGCGCCAUCAGGCAAACCUUUUUCUCCCCUAAAAUUGCAUUCUGAUGAAGUCAUACGGAAGCGACUCUUAAUUGAUGGAGAUGGCGCUGGUGAUGAUCGGAGGAUUAAUUUGCUAGUGAAAAGUUUCAUUAAGUGGUGCAACUCUGGAUCCCAAGAAGAGGGAUAUAGCCAGUACCAACGUAUGCUUAGCACCCUGUCUCAAUGUGAAUUUUCAAUGGGCAAAACUCUGCUGGUAUAUGAUAUGAAUCUCAGAGAAAUGGAAAAUUAUGAAAAAAUUUACAAAGAAAUAGAGAGUAGCAUUGCUGGAGCACAUGAAAAAAUUGCUGAGUGCAAAAAGCAGAUUCUUCAAGCAAAACGAAUACGAAAAAAUCGCCAAGAAUAUGAUGCUUUGGCAAAAGUGAUUCAACAUCAUCCAGAUAGACAUGAGACAUUAAAGGAGCUAGAAAUUCUGGGAAAAGAAUUAGAACAUCUUUCACAUAUUAAAGAAAAUAUUGAAGAUAAGCUGGAUUUGAGACGGAAGCAAUUUUAUGUUCUUCUUAACACCAUUCAUGAACUUCAGCAAACACUGGAAAAGAUUUAUUCAGGACUGCACCAAGAGAAGAAUCCCUACAGGGAAUUUUUAAUCAAGAGAGGAACAAAAUCAGAAGCAGCAGCAGGUACAUGGGAAACAGACACUUUUCAGUUUGUACUUCCUCAUGGUUCUCUUGGAUAUCCUCUGAAACUGCUUAGAAGACUGAAGAAUUUCAUCCCCUAGAAACUCACACUGUUGGAGCUCUGCAUAUCUUUGUGCCAGAAGCUUCAUGGAUUUAUCAGUCACUGCUUCUAUGAGAUCAUCCACCUAUUGACAGAUGCAAAGAAAUGAAGCCAUGGGUUGCAAAACCAAAGUGAUAGUUGCUUUUCCUGAGAGAUGAGUUCAGGAAUUGAUGGAUAUUUUACAAGUCCCAAAGCAUUAUUCUACUUAAAGUCAUAGCAAACAGAGCUUGAAAAUAUGCAUUUACCACCUAGUGGUAAAGACGAUCUCAUUUCUUCUCAAAGGAAAAGCCCAUGUGUAUACCUUCAUUUUAAUGCAAUCCACUUAAUAUUUAUUAGGUACACAGCAUAGUCUUACAUGCUCUUAGCCAUUCCUUAGCCUCUCAGAAUGCCCCCCACUAACAUUACUUCUUAAUGCUGGCUGUUAAUUAUGUUCCUUAUUCAUGCUCUCUGGCUGGGCUGUGUGUUCAGUUAGGACUGAAGCUUGAUGCUUAGGAAAAGUUUUCAUCCACUACCUGCAUUUGAAGCUUUCGUACUGUCAAAUCUGAUUUGGGGAGGAUGUGUUCCAUGCCACGUUUCUUUCUUUUUAAUGCUGGAAAGUGUGGUCUCUUUUUUGAUGAAUAUGGUGCCUAUUGUAAAAAUGCAAAAGUAUACCAUAUUAGGAAAUACCAAUGUUAUUUUUGUGAUGACACAUAAAUAAGAAUUGUUACCCUUUGGACAUUCUUUUCCAAAGUGAUCACUUGCCACAUAGCAUCACUGGCUUGGAGUCUUAUUCACACGCCUCAUGUAUCUCCUUUGUGCCCCAAGCUCUCUUUGAAGAGAUUCAUAGGGUGCAGAGAAAUGAGAUUGGCUCUGAAGGAAUAUAUAGAGUCAGGAUUAAAAAAUAGGUCAUUCGUAAGGAGAAGAAGAAAUUACUGUGUAGAUGCUGAGCACAGGGAGAAUGUGGAGCUGUUGUGGACCAGUGCCCCAGAAAGCUCAUUAUCACUAGAUCCAGUUGUUAAUUUGCUCUUGUUUCUGCAGGUUUCCUUAUUUUCACGGGUAUCAUGUUUCUGAACAUAAACACAAGCACUGGAUUCUCUUUUUGCCCUAUGCCUGACACUUUUCCCAUUGUCCCUGGCUUACUGGCUGCAAUUACCAAUCCUAACGGUUGCUUCUGGAGACCAUUCAGUCUUGGCUCUGAGCUAGUAUGCCAUUUUAGACUUAGUGAGUUCAUCCUUUCUUCUCCUGGUGCUUAAUAAUUAGCACUGGGGUAAUUCUGAAAUCUACACAGAGCAAGAUGGUAGACCAUGUUUGGAGUUUAUCCUUUGCCUGAGGAGAAUGCUUAGAAAUAAACUACCACCUGUGCUGCCAGCCUGCUCUGUCUGAGUGACAUUUUCAGAGCCUUCCUUCAUCUAUCUAAAGUAAGACUCCAAUUUGUUCCUGUCUUUUUUAUUUGUGCUUAAUUUUUAGUUGUGUUUGUUUCUUGGUCUUAUUGUAUAGUUCUUACACUUGGAGUCCUCUUAAGGCUGGACAUGGUAA